UUUUAAACGCUUUAAACCGGAAGUAGUCGCUGUCAUUCUACCUCUAGCUUGACGCUGGUGCUGGAAAGCCUCCUCCUCCACACUGGACUCGGACUGAGCCGAACUACAGUCCCUGUGAUGCCCCAGGGCGGGCCGAGCUGCCCGGGGUUGCGAUGCCGUACGUGGACCGACAGAAUCGCAUCUGUGGCUUCCUGGACAUCGAGGAGGACGAGAACAGCGGCAGGUUCCUGCGCCGGUACUUCAUCCUGGACACGGAGCAGGGCAACCUGCUGUGGUACAUGGACAACCCUCAGAAUCUGCCUGAAGGUGCAGACAAUGUGGGCUUCCUCAAACUCACCUACAUCUCCAAGGUCAGCGACGCCACCAAGCUCAGGCCGAAGGCGGAGUUCUGCUUUGUUAUCAACGCAGGGAUGAGGAAGUUCUACCUGCAGGCCAACGACCAGCAGGAUCUGGUGGAAUGGAUCAGCGUGCUGAACAACGCCACCAAGAUCACAGUGCCAAAGUGUGGGGAGAGCCAGCCGGCCUAUGCGGAGACCCCACAGGAAGUUCUGGGUGCCAUGAAACAGGUCUCCUACAAAACCGAGAUCGUAGGCGGCGUUCCAAUCAUCACAGCCACGCAGGAGCAGAGCGAGGGCCAGAACGGCUCGGAUCGAGGGAAGCGGGCUCAGAACCAGCUGCCGUACUUCCUGUCCAGAGGAGCGCAGGACCAGUCUCUCAUCAAGGCGGGCUACUGCGUUAAACAGGGAGCCGUGAUGAGGAACUGGAAGAGGAGGUACUUUGUCCUGGACGAAAACGCUCUCAGCUACUACAAAUCCGACCUGGACCGGGAGGCGCUGAGAGUCAUCCCGCUGAAGGAGAUCCAGAAAGUCCAGGAAUGCAAGCAGAGCGAGCUGAUGAUGCGAGACAACCUCUUUGAGAUGGUCACCAACUCCAGAACCUUCUACAUACAGGCUGACAGUCCAGAGGACAUGCACAGCUGGAUAAAGGCCGUCUCCGGGGCGAUCGUCGCCCAGCGCGGGCCCGGACGCUCAGCCAACACGAUCCGUCAGGCGCGGCGGCUGUCCAGCCCCUGUAUACAGAGGUAUACUCCGUUCUGCAGCGGCGAGUCCCGCACGAGCACAGUGACUCUCCCUCUCCCACCCCAGCCUCCACCUUCUACUACCCCAUUAACGCGGACCCGGAGUACCCAGAAUCCUCAGCGGGUGCUCAGCCUCACGCUGGACACUCACCACCAGGACAACUUCCUCGGCCUUCUCCCGUGGCGGCUGAGUGGAAUCCAGCCUGUGAUGAUGCCGUUGCCUUCGGCGCGCUCCCGCCUCUCGCUGCAGGAGUCGGUGCAGUCGUCCGCGCCGGCGGCGAGGACGACCUGAACGCGGAGGAGCCCGAAUCCCUGUCCACUCGGAUGUGACCCGAGCUGAUCUUUUGAUUGUUCUCCCCGCUGAGCUUCCCGGGACCAGUUUUUUUUCCCUCCACCCCGUCUUCCUGAGUGUUUUUCCACAGUAUGUCACAGCAGGGGUUCAACGACAGGAGGGGGGGGGGGGACUGAUUCACCUUCUGAGCGUUUUAACGUCCCCUGAUGCAGAGAGAAAUGUUUGAGGGCGGCUUCAGAUUUUAGAAUCGCAAACCCUGUCGUCCUGGGUUCAUCGGAAGGUCAAGAUUUAGCUCAGAAUAGGUCUUCGUUAAUCUGCAGCCGCAUCCUUCAACAAAUGUGGAUCACUUUUGUAGCUGAGCUUCUUCUUUUUUUUUUUUUUUUUUCUCUCUCGUGGACAGAUAAAGAGGAUGGAGAGAGUAAAACAUACCAUGUCUUGCAAAAACUUCCCAUAUUUUAUUGGGAUUUUAUGUCAUAGACCAACACACAGCAGGGAAGGGGAAGGAAAACGAUGCAUGGUUUUAAUUCAUUGUUAUCAUUAUACAAGUGCAAAUCUGAAAAGUGUGGCAUGCAUUUGUGUCCAGACACCCCCCCACCACUCCCCAAUCAGUGAUCUCUGUUUUUCAGAUUAAGUCUCUUAUCACCUUUCCACAUCUACAAACUGAGAUUUCUGCCCAUUCUGCUUUGCAAAAGAUGCUCUUCCCACAGCAUGAUGCUGCCGCCACCGUGUGUUACUGUGGGCGUAGCAUAUUUAGGGCCAUGUGCAGUCUUAGUUUUCCUCCACACACACAGCUUUUUGCAUUAGGUCUAAUGUAUUGCACUCAGGUGGACCGUAUUUAUCAACCUGGUGACUUCUGUAGGCAAUGGCUGCCGCUGAUUUUCAUUUAGGGGUAUUAAAGUAUAGGGUGCUGAAACACAAAUGUGCAUAAAAUCUUUUAGAUUAUUAUUUCUAAAAAGAAAUACAGAAAAAAAAACCAUGCAGCUCUUUUUCUUCUUCUUCUUCGUGUGAUGCAAUACUUGGUCUUGAUCCAUAACAUAUUAAUAAAAUACUGAUUUUUAACAUGUUCAAGGGGUAUGGAUACGUUAGGAAGGCACUGCAAGACUCUAGCACCUAGCGUGUACACCUGCUAUAGCAAUACGGUUGUUGUUGUUUCUUCGCUCACAUUUGCUUUAGCUAUCUUUUGUUCACAUUGAAAUUUCCUGUGUAUUUUCUGUUUGUUCCUGAACUAAUGAGAUCAAACAAGUUAGAUAGGGGAGAAAAAGAAGCAGGAAUAAGGCUGCAUAGAAACGAUAUGUUUUCACGGCGUCUUACAUGCAAAAAAAAAAAACACGUGAUGCAACAUUUGCCUGAGAAUGCAUGUGAACAAAUGUAGAGAAACACAAUUAAUUGGAAAGUAAACAUAGUUUUGAAUAAUAGCAGCGUUAAACUAAGCAGGAGAAACACAAUCUGUUCAUAUAAGUGGAAGAGGUCAAAAUGUUCUUAAAGCAUAUUUGAUCCCCAGAGUUUUUUGUGUUUUUUACGGCCGAGCACGGCGUGCCAGAACAGGAUCUGACUUAUUUAAACGCGUUUCUCUUUCUGCGGCGUUCUCACUCCUACAUUAACCCGUCUCCGUUACAGAAACUGGACUUUCGGUGCCGUUCGAAGCAGCAGAAGCCGUUUGUUACUUUGACAGGUGUCAGCCUCCGCCCUGAGUGUGGAACUUGUGAAACAUUUUGUUCGUUGCUCACCAGCUCGGCUCCGCUCGCCUCGCUUUAUCUUUCUAUUGCUGUACCUGCCGUCACGUUGACCUGAGGGUUGGAGGGGAAAGCUUUUGGGACUUGGGCCGUUCUGCAGGUCACUUCCCCUCUUGGCUCUGUGGUUUAGUUUUUUUUUUUUGUUUCCCUUAGUAUUGAUAUUAACUUUAAAGAGUGAUGAACCUACACAUAUAUGUUGUUUACUGUAUUUUUAUGAACACGUGUGCAUGAAUGUUUGCAACCCCCCACAUUUGUCUUUCCUUCUGAAACGUAAGCCGGGUAAAGUUCCUGCAUAAAUCUUUCUAAAGAGUAGGUUUAAAAAAAAAAAAAAAACACAACGAGCCGUUUGAUCCUUUUUCUAUGUGCGUGUGUGUGAGAUUCUAAGACCCAUUUUUUUUCUAUUUAUUAAAAGAUAUUGACAGUAA